AUGCUGCUGCUGCCGCCGGUAUCGUCUCAAUUUGCGCUCAGGGCUCGAAUCGCCUCAGCUGCGCGCACGUCGCGCGCCCUUGUUCACAGCAGCAGCUGCAACAAGACACACGCGCACACGCACUCGGCGCAGCCACACGUGGCGGCGGCGGCCCCGACGGGCAUGCUGCACCUGGGUGGGCUGCGCACAGCGCUGUUCAACUACCUUCUGGCACGGCGCUACGGCGGCGAGUUUAUACUGCGGAUCGAGGACACGGAUCAGAAGCGGCUGGUGGCCGGCGCAGCCGACAACAUUGUGCGCACGCUGGCCUGGGCCGGGCUCGACUUCGACGAGGGCCCAGGCAGGCCCGGCACCGGCACCGGCGCUAGCGGGCCGUACUUCCAGUCGCAGCGCGGCGACACAUACCGCAAGCAUGCGGCCGACCUGCUGGCGCGCGGCGCAGCCUACCGCUGCUUCUGCAGCGCGCACCGGCUCGACCGGCUGCGCCAGGACGCCGUCGCGCAGGGCCGGCCGCCCAUGUACGACCGCCACUGCCUGCACCUGUCGCAGGCGCAGACUGACGCCAAGCUGCGCGCCGGCGACGCCUUCACCGUGCGCUUCCGCAUGCCCGGCGCAGCAGAGCCGGGAGCGGUGCAGUCUUCGACGACAUUGUGCACGGCGCAAUGCGGUUCGCGGCCCGGCUGGAGCGACGGGCUGCCGACGUACCACCUGGCCAACGUUGUCGACGACCACCUUAUGCGCAUCACGCACGUGCUGCGCGCACCGCGCGCUGUUCGCUGCUUUGGGUGGCCGGCGCCGCAGUACGCGCACCUGCCGCUGCUGAUGAACGCCGACGGGUCGAAGCUGUCCAAGCGGAAUGCCGACGCGCCGGUCCAGAACUACGUCGACAAAGGAUACCUGCCGGCUGCCCUUGUCAACUACGCCGCGCUGCUGGGCUGGCACCCGGGCGCCGCGUCCGCCCAGGAGAUCUACACACUGCCGCAGCUUGAGCGCAGCUUCUCGCUGGCUGGGCUCAGCCGCAGCAAGUCUGUCGUGUCGCGCGACCGCCUGGACUGGCUCAACCGCCAGCACCUGCGCAUGCAGAUCGACGACCCAGCCACCGCGCCGCGCCUGGCCGAACAGGCAGCGCUGGAGAUCAACAACAAAACCAACUCUGUCGCCCCCAAGCACACCCUGGCCCAGCCCGCCGACACGCUGCGGGCCCUGCGCCUGUGCGCCGACCGUCUGACCUUUACCCGCGACCUGUAUGAUGCCGCCCGUUCCUGUUUGCCGAUCCGGACCUGGGGUCGCCCGACGCCGACGCUGUCAAUCACGCUGUUGCAGGCCGCAAUCGCCCAGAUCACCACUAAAUCAAAUCUGCCCUCGGUCGCUGCGGCCGACGCCAUGGGCCAGGACAGAGUCCCGGCCGAGCAAUGGGUCGGCUUUGCCAAGGAGAUUGCCGCCACUGCGCAGGUGCCAGCAAAAUACGCCAUGAUGAUGCUCCGCUUUGCGCUGACCGGCCAGCACUCUGGCCCAAAAAUCCCCGAUCUAAUGGCGUAUUUCCCUGUUAGCGAGCUCAAGCGUCGCCUGCAAAGAGCCGCCGACGCGCUGCUGCUGUCGCCCCCGCCGCCGCUGCUUUCUAAAUAA